UGGGCGAGCGGGCGCCGUGCGCGUGUCCCGUAGCCGAGCUGCUAAUAAAGUUGCACUGAGGGGAAGCACAGCGACGGUGCCGGGGAGUGCGCUCAGCCGGCCGGAGGAUAUUUCUCCUGCUGCUCACUGGUUGCUCAUUGUCUGUAGCCUGCUGUGUGGUCACCACAGGGGACCGCACGCAUUCUCAUCAGGAGAACACCACUGCACACCACCUCCUCCUGUCAUCAGCUCCUCGGGCUUCUUCAUGGUGCAGAGCCGUUGUCUGCCUGGAGCAGGACUUGAACCAAUCUAAAGAAGCUUAUGGCACUUACGAAGAUAAAUGUCACUCUUGCCUUUUAAAUUGGAACUUCCGUUUAGGACCUGUGUAUGACUUUACAUCUGUGACCUCUUCUUUCAGGAGCCACAGACUUUGAGUUGCAGGAAGGUCUCUGAAGAUUUCUAUCAAAUGACGUCAAUGGCCAGCUUGUUUUCUUUUACUAGUCCAGCAGUAAAGCGAUUGUUGGGCUGGAAGCAAGGUGAUGAAGAGGAGAAAUGGGCAGAAAAGGCAGUCGAUGCUUUGGUGAAAAAGCUGAAAAAGAAAAAGGGUGCUAUGGAGGAGCUGGAGAAAGCCUUGAGUAGUCCAGGACAGCCGAGCAAAUGUGUCACUAUCCCCAGGUCCUUAGAUGGACGUCUGCAAGUUUCUCACCGAAAAGGCUUACCCCAUGUUAUAUAUUGUCGUGUCUGGCGCUGGCCUGAUUUGCAGAGUCAUCAUGAGCUAAAACCAUUGGAUAUUUGUGAAUUUCCUUUUGGAUCUAAGCAAAAAGAAGUUUGUAUCAACCCAUACCACUAUAAGAGAGUGGAGAGUCCAGUCUUACCUCCAGUAUUAGUGCCUCGUCAUAAUGAAUUCAAUCCGCAGCACAGCCUUCUGGUUCAGUUUAGGAACCUGAGCCACAAUGAGCCGCACAUGCCACAAAAUGCAACUUUUCCAGAUUCUUUCCACCAGCCCAACAACACUCCUUUCCCCUUAUCUCCAAAUAGCCCCUACCCUCCCUCACCUGCUAGCAGCACCUACCCCAACUCCCCAGCAAGCUCUGGGCCAGGAAGUCCAUUUCAGCUGCCAGCCGAUACUCCACCUCCUGCCUAUAUGCCACCAGAUGAUCAGAUGGGUCAGGAUAGUUCCCAGCCCAUGGACACAAGCAAUAAUAUGAUUCCUCAGAUUAUGCCCAGUAUAUCCAGCAGAGAUGUUCAGCCUGUUGCCUAUGAAGAGCCCAAACAUUGGUGUUCAAUUGUUUACUAUGAAUUGAACAAUCGUGUUGGGGAGGCUUUUCAUGCGUCUUCUACCAGUGUGUUAGUAGAUGGAUUCACAGACCCUUCAAAUAACAAGAGUAGAUUCUGCUUGGGGUUGUUGUCAAAUGUUAACCGUAAUUCGACGAUUGAAAACACUAGGCGGCAUAUUGGGAAAGGGGUUCACCUGUACUACGUUGGCGGUGAGGUGUAUGCAGAGUGUCUGAGCGACAGCAGCAUAUUUGUGCAGAGCAGGAACUGCAACUUCCAUCACGGCUUUCAUCCUACCACCGUCUGUAAGAUUCCCAGCAGCUGCAGUCUCAAAAUUUUCAACAAUCAAGAGUUUGCACAGCUCCUGGCUCAGUCUGUCAACCACGGGUUUGAAGCAGUGUACGAACUCACUAAAAUGUGCACGAUUCGAAUGAGUUUUGUCAAGGGCUGGGGAGCGGAGUACCACCGGCAGGACGUCACCAGCACCCCGUGCUGGAUUGAGAUUCACCUGCACGGGCCUCUGCAGUGGCUGGAUAAAGUCCUCACUCAGAUGGGCUCCCCUCUGAACCCCAUCUCUUCUGUUUCAUAGUGCAGAAGUGUUCUUUUCAAUGAUAUCAUUAGUGGACUUGUUUUAAUUUUAGGGAAACUUUCAAUACAGAUACUGUGAGCUUACAUGGAAAACAUCUUAUUUUUUUCUACAUAAUUGUGACCAAUACAUUUGUAUUUUGUGAUGAAUCUACAUUUGUUUGUAUUAGUGUUCACGUGAUUAAUUCUCAAAAAGUGUUGUGAAAGAUGCAGAGAAAAUCUUGUGCCCCAGUUCUGAGGUUUGGCAUUAAUCUUAAACUGGAACAUACAUUUGCCUUAUUGUCCCAACAGUUUUUUUAAAUUUGUUCAAUUUUUUUAAAAAAAUGUAGAACAAUACAUGAAAAAUGAUGAUAGUGUAAGAGAGGGUACACAGUGAAAAGUCUUCCCUUUGACUCUUGAUACUCAAGAAGCUGUACAUUUUCCAGUUUCUUUGUCCCACCAACUUUUAAAAAGUCUAGUUUAUUGUUCUAUAGAAGCAUAUGGUAGGGACCUAAAAGAAACUAUAAAAAACCUUCUGUGUGAGGAACACUGUGCGCUGCUCUAACAGGUGGUGUUCAGUAAAAGCAAAGGGAUAGUUGUAUAGAUGAUGUCAUAAAAUUUCCAUUUAAUACAGCUAAAUGUUCGUCUGUGUGUUGUGACUUCACUCAGUAUAUCUUUUGUGUAACAUCUCCUUUAAAAAAAAAGAUCACCGCCAACCACAGCUCUCUGGUAUGUGUCAUUCACUCAGAACCCGGCCGAAGUACUGCUUUACCGCCGGCGGCAGCGACACGUGGUCCUGCUUGGGUGGAUUUGCGGCUUUCGGCUCGCGUUGCCAGAACUCCAAUUUUGACAUGCAUUAGCCUUUUACUUUGCACUUUGAUGGGCGACAGUCUUUAGUGUAACCUUCUGCGAAACACACUGAAGUGAUUUGGACUUCAGUGUGUUUUAGUUGCUCAUCCUUACUUCCCUGGUUCCCCUUUUGUAUGGACAAACACUGCAGUUUAUAGAUGACAGUUGUAGAAGUUACGCUUUUUCUAGCCUUUGUUGUAUUUUCAGCCUAGAUUAUAAUACUGUUACUCUUUAGCUCCAGCUUAAGGUGCCUUUUUAAUUCCAGUUUUAUGGACAUUAUUAAUGUUGGAAUAUCCUGUACUGAAUCCAUUGCUCUUACUGCACCAGUCUCCCCACGCGGGGACCUGUGCACUGGAGCCCUAGGAGGAGCCUUUCCUGUCUGGCCCCAAGGAGGAGGCGCCUGGUCUCAGACCUGAAGGAACUGGCAGUGGUCGCCGACAGUGGUUUCAGAACACUCGUGGGUCAAAGACUGCGGAUGGUUCUGUCAGUUACCUUGCAUGCUCUUUUUUCUUUUCUUCCUUCCUCCUUUUAAAGCUCCUGUGUGAGUGCUAGUCACCCAGAGCACUGCCCUCAGAGAGGAAUGGCGUGGGAACUCUAAAAUGCCCUUUUCAUCGGUCGUGCUUCAAAGCUUUGGGGAGAGGCUCUUAGCCCCUUCUUCCAGGGAGCGGUCAGUUCAACUCCCAGUUAGGGCAUGAGAACACAGGCCUUAUGUUGAGAAAAGCGACCGAACUUAGCUGUCAGAAGCAGCUUACUUUCCGGUGCCUUUUGUAAGUGUCUGGAGCCGUGUCAGUCUUGUGUUUAAAACGUUCUUUGGUUGGACUGCCUUGCCCUUCCUGCUUUUAUGAGGAAGUAAGUGCAUUUUUUCAGGAAAGGAGAAUGUGGUUCUUUUUUUCCUCUCUCUGUGACAUCACUUACUGCUUUUACAAAGUGCAGCCAGUGGAUGGUUUUACUCUUUAAGAUGAAGUGCCUGCCAUGUGGGCCUCCGCUCACUGGCCUUUGCCGGGUGACAGGGCACUUUAUGAGUCACCUGAGCCUUAGCCGUAGUUUCACACGACACACAUUCUCAGUCUUCCAGAGCUGUGUCAGCCACGUGGAAAAGUAUGUUUGCUCUGUGAUAGAACAGUUUCUAUUUACUUUUUGUAACAAUUUGGAACAAUUUGUAGCACAAAACCACCCAGGCUGAAUAACAGAUACAUGUAACCAACUUCAGUGGGCUUGAAGUGAGGGAAACUUGUUUUAUUGACACUGUCAGUUGAGUUAAUUAAAAAUUGUUUUUGUUCAUUUCAUAGCUUUUGGAAUUCAGAGGCUUUUAUGUGAUCUGCCUUUUCUACAUUUUUCCUAGGGGGCUGUGUCUUGUGAGCAGCAGUACUUCCGCCACUCACUGUUCAGAGUUUUGUGGAGAAGUGUAAGCCUGUUGUGUUGCCAGAAGUUCUCAAUUGCACACCCUGGGUUUUAAAUGGAAGCUUACUCGGCUGCUUCUCUGACUCCCGAGGAUGUCCAAUGGCUAUGGAUAGGGCAUAAAAAUUGCUGGGAGGGUUUUUAAGAACUAAGUAAAAUUCUGACCAAUGAAAAGGAAAUGCCUCUGAAAGAAACCACUUCAGAAAAUUACAGUUUCAAGUUUGUAUUUAAUCUCUAGAAUGUUUAUUAAACAUGAACACCAUUAAAAUGAUCACAUUUUACAGCAUGUACGACAUAUUAACACGCCUGCUGAAUGGACAGUGUGGGAAUCCUAAAAUUACCACCAGUUUGGCAAAUGCAAAGAGAAUAGAAUCAAAAUUAAUCUCAGUAAUGAAUUAAUACAACAAAAAGAUGUUAGCUGUGGGGGGGGGUACGAUGUAAGAGGUGCCUUUGACUCGCAUGGCUGCAUAAUAGGUAUUAUGGUCUGGGUGGAAUUGCCUGACUUAGGUUGUGAAAUGGAAACUAGUAGGUAUGUUACUGGUCUGUUGAGGCCAACAUUUCUUCUUUAGAGAAAGUUUAAGGAAGACAUCAAUGAAAAUGUCAAAUAUGCAGAUCAGAAUGUGAAUAAUUUUUCCCAUUUCACAAUUGUUAUGUAAGAAGCCUGUGAUAACAGAGUUGGCUGGUCUCCAAGGUGAAAUCCACUGUGCAAUCACUGGGCAGCUCAACACAGCACACCUAGCAAAGUAGAAAGGCUUAGCCGCAUACUUUCUAUACAUCUGAUGUAAGGCAUUCUUUUAGGGUGUAAAAUGAUUGGUCUUCAGGUCCGAAAUGCAUUUUGUCAAGACAAGAACUGGGGCUCACAUUAUAAAGCCCUCUGGAUCUGAGGGUGCCUGUGAGAAACGUUCUCCUUCAACAGAAGGAGAACUGUUGUUCUGUUGAAGGAGAAUGUUUAUACAGGGAGUCAGAUCCUCACAACAGCAGAGAGAUUCUGAACAGUUUGAGAGAGAACCUGCUUCUGUGCUGUACUUCCGUUACAGAGCAUCCGAUACACCAGUUUAGGUCCAUUUCUUCAUACUUUUCCUAGUCCUGUACUUAAUGUUACUUUGGAUUAUUAUCACUCUCCCACUUAAAAUAUAUUAAUACCUUUUACGCUCCCUGAAGAAGGAAGAAUCUUUUAAUAGUUACCAAUGACACUGUUUAUACCUGUUAACUCCUGAGAGAGUCAGAGCCCUUCUUCGUCUUUUUAGUCAAAGCCUCAUUCACCUGCCGGGUGCGAACAGAAAUGGGUUUCCUCCGUGAGCUCGUCAGCUACAUAACACAGGUCUUUUAAACCGGUCAAUAGCCCCGUGGUAUAGAGUGUUCAGUGAUUUUUAUGGGAGCGACUUUUCCUAAGCAUUGGUUUGUGGGUGGUCUCCUCAGAUACGAACUUGGGUACCUUUUGCAGGUAAUCUCAGGUUUGAUGCCUGUUUUUCCCCAGAACGGCAACAUUUUCCUCCUUGUUACAGGUAGGAUUUGGGGGAGGCUUCCUGGAAAGUGAGUGUUCAAGGCAUUACCUCCGCCUGAACAGUCUUACCUGCUGCACAGAAACGUGGAGAGUUCCGUGGGAUUCACUGGGUUGCAGUUCAGAUUUGGCAGGUCCUGGUGACAGGAGGUAACAGGAUUUAUCAAGCUUUUGUUCUGUUGGAUUAUUCACAAUAGAAACUUACCUUCUAACAUACAACUGUGUUAGGAUUAAAGUGCCACUUGAAAAUUGGAUGGUUCAUAAAAACCCACAAGAGGGAUUUUACAUACUAAAUUUUUUAAAGGUAAGAGCUUACGUUGUAACAUUUCUGAUUGCAAUUACUGUAACACCAGCGAUGGGUCAUUGUGUGGAGAAGACCCCAUCAGGGAAGGAUUUUUUUCUUUCGUUCAUGGCAGAAUGGAGAAGGUGUGCAUGGCUCUUGUCUAAAUCACUCUGUUCUUUAAGUUCUUAAAAUCAUAUUAUUGCCCUGUAAGGUUUUAUUUGAAGAUACUAUUUUUUUAAAGUUCAGAAUUUUGUGUACAGGUUGAUUUUUCCCCAUUAUUAGGUAGCACCUUCUUAAUACUAGCUGGUAUUAGUGAUAACCAAACUCCAGUGAGGCCCAACAAGCUCACGUUUUUCAUAAAAGAAGAAAUCUUUUAGAGUCAGAUUUUCCAUCACAAGUGAUGUGGCUUGGAUUCAUUCAUAAACUGCAGGGACUCUCAGAGAUAGUAGUUGGGCAAGUGGUUUUCUUCUUGACCUUGUUACGUUGCAUUUUGAAAACCACAUACUUUAAAAUUGGAUGAGAUUGUGAUGAAAACUGGUUUAUGUGUACCUACCCAUGUUGUCUUGGAGAGGUAUUUCAUGUGCAGAGGAUAAAUACCAAACCAGUGGCUGCACUGUAGGCCUGCUUCUUAUUUGUACUUGUUCUGCUUCUGUUUAUGUUGUAGAAAGUAAAACUCUAGCAACAUGCUUGCAUUCUGUUAUCUUUUUGAUACUUAUAAAAAUGUAUUAGGUUUUACUAUAUUGUGCUUUUCAAAGCCAUAACUCUUAAGAACUUCGUUUUUGGAUAUUGUUUGCUAAUACUUCAUUUUAAUAAACCUCAAAACCUGC